GAAAUCGUUUUAGUAUUGUUAUCGUCAGUUAUAAACGCUUAACACGCGGCGAAACAAAUUAAGAUAUUGUUCAGUGCCAAUCGGUCCUAAAUAUAUAAAAGAGACCAUUAUUUAACUAGGAUUUAAAUAAACGACGAUGUUUACAAUUUGGAGGUAAUCCCCGGAUGAUAUGUCUCCUCAUCAGAACCAAACAACAUUCUCCCUUAUAACGGGGAUAGUGGUGGGCUUCACCUUCGCUUUCUUAGUACUGGCUCCGAGCACCGUUUACAAACCGAGUUUGCAAUACUACCGCGAUCAUCCCAGAAAUCUCCACAACGAAGAUGAGUUUCAGAUCAAUUCCCACGGGCAUAUGCACGAGCACCAUGAUUUCCACAACGAGGAAGACAUGGAUGGUCUGGAGGGGCCCAACGCUGUUGUUGGAGACCACAGCGAAAAUGACACUUUCCAUAGAAUGACCGACACCAGCGUCGCAGAUGCGUUGUAUAGAAAGGUUAGAAUACUCUGUUGGGUAAUGACAGGACCAGCGAACCAUGAGACUAAAGCCAAACACGUCAAAGCUACGUGGGGCAAAAGAUGUAACAUACUUUUAUUCAUGAGUUCACAAGAAGAUAAAAGCUUGCCAGCUAUAGCUCUGAAAGUGAAAGAGGGCAGGGACAAUCUAUGGGCUAAGACUAAAGAAUCCUUCAAAUAUGUCUACGAUCAUUAUUUCGAUGACGCUGAUUGGUUCAUGAAAGCUGACGACGACACGUAUGUAAUUUUGGAAAAUCUCCGUUAUAUGUUAUAUCCAACCGACCCCAAUGAUCCUAUCUACUUCGGAUGUAAGUUCAAGCCUUACGUGACACAAGGAUACAUGAGUGGUGGUGCGGGGUACGUCCUUAGUAAGGAAGCUUUAAGAAGAUUUGUGGAAGACGCCAUGCCGAACAAAAAGCUCUGCAGGCAGGACCACGCAGGCGCUGAAGACGUAGAAAUAGGCAAAUGUUUAGCCAACGUCAACGUUUUGGCAGGGGAUUCCCGAGAUCCAGAAGCACGAGGAAGGUUCUUCCCGUUCUCUCCCACCCAUCAUUUGAUUCCUGGGCACGUAGAUAAAAGUUUUUGGUAUUGGAGUUACAUUUUUUAUAAUGAAACGCAGGGAAUGGAUUGUUGCUCAGACAACGCAAUAUCUUUCCACUACAUAGAUCCCAGAAUGAUGUACGCCAUGGAGUACCUCAUAUACCAUCUGAGGCCUUUUGGAAUCGGCUACAAGCCGCAGCUUCCUCAGUUAGAGCUUCCCAAAUUAUCUGAUGAUAAUCUAGCGAAAAUAAACGAAGCUGUUGAUAAAAAUAAACAGAAAAGGUGAUAAAAGUGAUUUAAGAGAUAUUGUAUAGAAAAGACUGUUUUUGAAUUCCAAAUAAUUUAUUUUAUUGUAUAUACCUAGGUAGGUACGAAAAUUUCGAAAUACAUUAUUUUUUAAUUAA